AUGGCGAGCGAUCCCGCCGAUCCGCGGCGCUGUUCCUCUCCGGAAUCAUGCCGCGUCGGCGGUGCUGGCGCCGAGGAUCGUGCGGCGGCGGCGGUCGACGCUGCAGAGAAGAGCGGCGGCGACGGCGACAUUGCUGCUGGCCCUGAGCCGUCGCCGGCGCCGGCGACGGCGACGGAGGAGGCACCCCGCCCCGGCGUGCUCCCGCUCCUCGGGAAGCCCUACUUCACCUGCAUCAUGUGCAAGUCCCAUGUCCAGCCUCCCUUCCAAGUGGUGGUUCCGCGGUCGUUCGCGCCGUUCCUCCCGUCCAAGACGGCGCCGGCGACGGUGACCUGGCGUGGCCGGUCGUGGGGGAUGCGGUUCACCGGCGGCCGGCUGAUCCAGCGCCUGGAGGCCGGGUGGCGGGGCUUCGCCGUCGACAACGACCUCAGGCUCGGCGACGGGUGCGUGUUCGAGCUGGUGGACGGCGGCGGCGACCGCGUCGAGUUCAGGGUGCAGGUGCUCCGCGCCGAGAUCCCGGCGAGGAUCACGGGCCGCGCCGGCGGCUGCACCUCGGCCACCCCCAUCGUCAUAGACUAGGGGCAAUGCCACCGCCGGUGCCCCUCGCCGUUGACGCCAUUUCGAGCAGCUCGUUAAUCUGAAUUUGGGGAUAUUUUCAGGUAAUGCAACUGUUGGAAACAAUUCAAUCCCAGCAUGCAUGAAUGGAUUCUGAAAUAACCACAAAAUUCGGCACAACUCAGCUGCAUUCAUUGUGAAUUUUGGAAUGUGGAUUACUUUACAAAAAGUAGAUUCAGAGAAUUUUAUAGAAUUAGAAAAUAUCAAAUUUAAGACAUAAGACAUCCGUAACAUUCUACAUAUAUUGGAAGUCAAUGCUAUCCAAGUUCAUUUUUGUGUUAGAGAAGGGUAAUUUUAUCCAACCUUUAUAUCCAACUAGAUAUAUAAAUACUUAGGCUCUCAAAUAACUCAAUCUAAAAUUCAUGUUUUUAUGGAGAUUUUAACCCAGAACCUUGGGUGCUUCUUAGAUCACUGCAACCACUAAUUCAUAUCGAAAAAAAGACAUCACGAGAUGAACUCAGAUUUGGUUAUAUAAAGGCCCUAAAAAAUUUCAUGCUGACUUCAGCUUAUAACGUGCCCUGUAGAUAAAUAUCAAGAAAACAAGGAGCUCAUAUUUUAUC